CGUGCGCGGACGCCAAGAUGGCGGACGAUGAGGGCGAAGCGCGGCCGGGGGCGCGGAACGGGGCCGGGGAGGGUCCCCCGGGCGGGCCCCGCGUUGUCCGCAUCGUCAAGUCCGAGUCCGGCUACGGCUUUAACGUCCGCGGGCAAGUGAGCGAGGGCGGGCAGCUGCGCAGCAUCAACGGCGAGCUGUACGCGCCGCUGCAGCACGUCAGCGCCGUGCUGGGCGGAGGGGCCGCCGACCGCGCCGGGGUGCGCAAGGGGGACCGCAUCCUGGAGGUGAAUGGGGUGAACGUGGAAGGGGCCACCCACAAGCAGGUGGUGGAUCUGAUCCGGGCCGGGGAGAAGGAGCUGAUCCUGACGGUGCUGUCGGUACCCCCGCAUGAGGCCGAGAGCCUGGAUCCCGGAGAGGAUUCCCUGGGCCAAUCCUUCUACGACUACACGGAGAAACAGGCCGUGCCCAUCUCCAUCCCCACCUACAAACACGUGGAGCAGAACGGCGAGAAGUUCGUGGUGUACAACGUUUACAUGGCGGGCCGGCAGCUCUGCUCCAAGCGCUACCGGGAAUUCGCCAUCCUGCACCAGAAUCUCAAGCGGGAAUUUGCCAACUUCACUUUCCCGCGGCUCCCUGGGAAGUGGCCCUUCUCCCUGUCAGAGCAGCAGCUGGAUGCCCGCAGGAGGGGCCUGGAGGAGUACCUGGAGAAAGUGUGCUCCAUCCGGGUCAUUGGCGAGAGUGACAUCAUGCAGGAAUUCCUGUCGGAGUCUGACGAGAACUACAAUGGGGUGUCAGACGUGGAGCUCCGCGUGGCACUGCCAGAUGUGACGACAGUGACGGUGCGGGUGAAGAAGAACAGCACCACUGACCAGGUGUACCAGGCCGUGGCUGCCAAGGUGGGCAUGGACAGCGUCACGGCCAACUACUUCGCCUUGUUCGAGGUGAUCAACCACUCCUUUGUGCGGAAGCUGGCUCCCAACGAGUUUCCCCACAAGCUGUACGUGCAGAACUACACAUCGGCCGUGCCGGGGACAUGCCUGACACUGCGCAAGUGGCUCUUCACGCCCGCCGAGGAGGAGCUGCUCAACGACAACGACCUGGCCCUCGCGUACUUCUUCCACCAGGCUGUGGAUGAUGUCAAGAAAGGCUACAUUAAAGCUGAGGAGAAAUCCUACCAGUUACAGAAGCUCUGUGAGCAGAAGAAGAUGGUUAUGUACCUGAACAUGCUGAGGACGUGUGAGGGCUACAACGAGAUCCUGUUCCCGCACUGCUCCUGCGACUCCCGGCGCAAGGGCCACGUGAUCACGGCUAUCAGCAUCCAGCACUUCAAACUGCACGCCUGCACCGAGGAGGGGCAGCUUGAGAACCAGGUGAUUGCCUUUGCAUGGGAGGAGAUGCAGCGCUGGGACACGGACGAGGAGGGAAUGGCCUUUUGCUUUGAGUACGCACGAGGGGAGAAGAAGCCGCGGUGGGUGAAGAUCUUCACCCCCUACUUCAAUUACAUGCACGAGUGCUUCGAGCGUGUCUUCUGCGAGCUCAAGUGGAGGAAGGAGGUGGAGGAGGAGGCAGCAGACCAGGAUAAUGAAAACUGCAGGAAUGACAGGAUGUGCAGCAAGAACCUUUUCCAGCUGGUCCGGUCACAGCAGAGGGACGCGGCCACUUAACCCCCCCUUCCCCCACCCGAUGUAAUUAAAUCCCCCCC